GCGGAAGCGCUGAGAGCCGGUCCUGCCGUGGGAGCGAUGGCCGCAGGGAAGCACCCGGCCGUGCUGGACUCCGGGAGUCCGCGCAAGCCGUGGCGACUGCCCGCCGACGGACACCCCGCAGCGGGCUGCUACCUGAGGUAAAUUUUUCCAUAACCUUAUGGAGAAAAAGGACUUUGAAGCAUGGCUUGAUAACAUUUCUAUUGCAUUUCUUUCUCUGACGGACUUGCAGAAAAAUGAAACUCUGGAUCACCUGAUUAGCUUGAGUGGAGCAGUCCAGCUCAGGCACCUCUCCAAUAAUCUAGAGAUUCUACUCAAGAGGGAUUUCCUCAAACUUCUUCCAUUGGAACUUAGUUUUUAUCUGUUAAAAUGGCUUGAUCCACAGACCUUACUCACAUGUUGCCUCGUCUCUAAGCAGUGGAACAAGGUUAUAAGUGCCUGUACAGAGGUGUGGCAGACUGCGUGUAAGAAUUUGGGUUGGCAGAUAGAUGAUUCUGUUCAGGAUCCUCUACAUUGGAAGAAGGUUUACCUAAAAGCUAUUUUAAGGAUGAAGCAACUGAAGGACCACGAAGCCUUUGAGACAUCCUCUUUAAUUGGACACAGUGCCAGAGUAUAUGCACUUUACUAUAAAGAUGGACUUCUGUGUACAGGAUCAGAUGACUUGUCUGCAAAACUGUGGGAUGUAAGCACAGGUCAGUGCAUAUAUGGUAUCCAGACACACACGUGUGCUGCAGUGAAGUUUGAUGAACAGAAGCUUGUAACAGGAUCUUUCGAUAACACAGUAGCCUGUUGGGAAUGGAGCUCUGGGGCAAAGACACAACAUUUCAGAGGACAUACUGGUGCAGUUUUUAGCGUGGAUUACAAUGAUGAACUUGAUAUUCUGGUCAGUGGCUCUGCAGACUUCACUGUGAAAGUGUGGGCCUUAUCAACAGGAACGUGCCUGAAUACCCUUACUGGACACACAGAAUGGGUCACUAAGGUCGUUUUGCAGAAAUGCAAAGUAAAAUCUCUUAUGCAUAGUCCUGGGGAUUAUAUUCUCCUAAGUGCAGAUAAGUAUGAAAUCAAGAUUUGGCCUAUUGGAAGGGAAAUAAACUGCAAAUGCUUAAGAACACUGUCUGUUUCUGAAGACCGCAGCAUCUCCCUACAGCCCAGGCUGCACUUUGAUGGUAAAUACAUAGUGUGCAGUUCAGCACUAGGAUUAUACCAGUGGGACUUUGCCAGCUAUGAUAUUCUCAGGGUUAUCAAACCUCCAGACUUCUCAAAUGUGUCGUUGCUGGGCUUUGGAGAGAUAUUUGCUCUACUGUUUGACAACAGAUACCUGUACAUAAUGGACUUGAGGACAGAAAAACUGAUAAGCCGCUGGCCUUUACCAGAAUAUAGAAAGUCAAAGAGAGGUUCAAGCUUCUUGGCUGGUGAAAUGUCUUGGUUAAAUGGACUAAAUGGCCAAAAUGAUACGGGCUUGGUUUUUGCCACCAGUAUGCCAGACCAUAGUAUCCAUUUGGUGUUAUGGAAAGAACAUGGCUGAAAAGCUCACACAUACAGAAUCUUCAGGAAUUGAUGGCCUAUCAGCAGUGUGUCCAUAAAACAAGACUUUGCAUGAACCAAAGUUGCACAUCCAAUGGUAUCAUCAUGCAAUGCACAAUCAUUUACUUUUAUGUGGGCAUUUGGGAAUGGGUUGUUUUGGAAAUAAUGCAAUGCAGCAUGCUAACAGUAUUCACCACAAAUUUUUGUCUAUAUUCAUGUUUAAAUAUACCUAUUUGGGCUCUGAAGUAUAGCUUGUAAUGUUUAAACCAUUCAAAUCUACUACCAAGUCUGAAAUCAAGUUGUGCUUGACCUGACUUCUGACCUUUUUUUUUGUUGUUGAAACAGAAGGUGAAGCUACUGUUUUAGAACCAUAGGCUUUUGUACGUCUAACAGCAAAUACUGGUUGCAGUGCAUGGCUGCUUAACAAAAAUGAGAAAACAGCAAACCCUCUCUCUCUCCAGAAUCUUUGUCUUCAAAAUGUUUUUCCAUAUGAUAGCUUUAAAUACUUAGCCUUUGACACAGAAGAAUCAAACAAGUCCUUUAACAAAUAUUUUUCCACAUUUUUGUGCUAUUUGACAUGUCGUUAAAAGUUGUAUCUACAUCACAUGCUUUAGAAAUGCUUUAGGUUGACCUACCUUCCUUCCUGCCUUCCCUCCCUCCCGCCUUAAUGUCAUUUGUUUUUUACACAACUUGAAAACAUGGGUUUUCAUGAAAAUUGGUUCAUGCCCUUGAAAAGACAAAAUUGUCUAGCAUUACUAGUGUGAUUUUUUUCUUCCCAUUAUUCAAGGAGACCUGAUUUCAUACUUAAUACUGAAUGAAGGCCACAAUUCCCAAAUGUAUGUGGUAUUAAUUACACCAGUGAAGGAGAGUUCUCAUAUGCAAGAAUUAGGAUUUGAGGAUGCGAUAGGAGUUGCUUAAAGUCACAGUGGAACAAUCUCUUAAAUACAAAGCCAGACUCUUAAGCAUUCAGUUUUUCCACCUUUACUCACAUCAAUUUACGUUGAAAAAUGUUGUCUGUACUCAAGAAUUUUAUCAAGCAGAAGCCAAAUUCACAACUCCAUUCAAACUGCACUGUGUGGGGCAUAAAUGAUGAGCUCACAAAAGUGAGCUUUUUUUGUCUCACUCCUAAGUGAAGAAAGCCUCCGUGAAAAAGAAUGUUUUCAGUAACUUAACUUCAAUAAUUUAUCUUGAAACCCAGUUCUCAUCAUUCUUAUUGUGGGAGUAACAUUACAGUAUCAUUGUGAUGUGUGCUUCUGAAGGAACCACCUAUACAGCACUGCAUUAACUUUGAAAGACUGAGGCAUGCCAGAAAUGUCCUUGUUUCCAAAUCAGCAAAUCAGAAAAACUUGGUUAACUACUUCUUUUAGUGACCUUGAUUAUACAGAGUCCACAGAGAGGUGGAGUGCAAGAUGGCUGAGAAACAGACCUAAGCUGAGCCCUCCAGAUGGGAAAAUGGUGGGCAUGGGAUGGGGAGGCACUGCUACUGUCUCCAGCUAACUAGUAAAUGAUAAAGAAAUCAGUGUCAGACUGAUUUUGGCAUCUUGCAGCAAGACAAUGGUCAAUGGUUCUUGUGACAAGAGGAAUUCUCCACAGUGAGUUUAUUUUAAGACUGAAACAGGUUGCUCAGCCUUCCUAGACAAUGCCAGGGAGUUGGACUUUCAGAUGCCCCUUCUAAACAAUGAGUCUGAAAUUUUACAUGGACCUGUUGCCACACAAGAUUGUAUGACUGAUAGCAGCAGGUAUCUCAUAUCCUAACACAGCUGCCAGUUUGUUGAUAAAGACUGGGAGAUGCUACAGUCACUGUGCAUCGAAGUAAAAGUUACCUUUGGACAUAGAUAAAGGAACGACAGCAUGAAACUAAUGUAGAAAUUUUAAAAAGCAUACUUGCUCUCACACACUUCUGUCUGACACCAGUGUCAGGCUAUUGCUGCCUUCAGAUGUACCUUCAGUAGGAAGGUAUGAGUAUAUUGCCACAACACAUGCAAUGCAUGUAGUUCUGGGGGCUUGUCAAACUGAAACUGAAACUGAAACUGUGAAACAGAAGUGAGCAAAUGGCUCUUCUGUUUGCUUCGGUUUCCACCUAGCCCUUCAGCAAAAGUCACUACUUAGCACUAUUUCCAGACAGAGGCUGGAAAAAAUGCAGCUUCUAUACCCUCACACCUACUAAGGAAGCAAUAUAAAUCAACUUACCUAUCACAUAAAGGACUAAAAUCCAACUUGUGUCUAAAUUUCAUAUAACAUUUUCUAAUGAGGCUUCAAGAUGCCAGAAAAAAAAAAAAA